CGGAGAGGUAACUCUCAAUGACUAACGUUUGACAGGUGCGCGAUAGAUCGAUACAGGCGGUGUGAGAGGCAUAUUGACUUUUACCAGGUGCUGGAAACCAUCAACAGCUGUUGUCGUCAGGGUAGAGUGGAGGCGUGUGGAGUGUAAUGGCGGACACUGGAUCACCGGUGGAUGGGCCGAUGCCAGUUCCAGGAGAAGUCACAGAGAAGGAUUUUGAGGAGCUGAAGGACAGAUGCAAGAUUCUGUUUGAAGCAGAUCCAUCACAGGCUCACACAGACUCCUCAUUACGACGGUUCCUGAAAGCUUUUGGCGACGUUGAUGUUGCGUUCAAGCAGUUGUUGAAGUGCAAUAAGUGGCGCCGAGAGUUUGGCGUGGCGAAACUGACACCGGAGGAUGAAGAUGUCAUGAAUGAACUCGCCGCAGGCAAAGUGCACAUCCUGCGACAGAGAGACUCCAAGGGGAGACCUGUUGUGCAUGUCGCUGCCAGGAAACACAAUGUGUACGAGAGAGACAUUGACAAGUUUACACGAUUCAUCGUCUACAUCCUGGAAACAGCCUGUAACAAGUGUAAUGAGGAUGUCAUUGACAGUCUGUGCAUCAUCUUCGACCUCAAGGGCUUCACCCUCAGCUGCAUGGACUACCAGUUCAUCAAGAACCUCAUCUGGCUCCUCAGCAAGAACUACCCCGAGCGUCUCGGCGUCUGCCUCAUCAUCAACUCCCCCAUGAUGUUCUCAGGCUGCUGGGCUGCUAUACGACCAUGGCUGAAUGAUGUCACCGCCAGCAAGGUGCGGUUUGUAGCAGAUGACCUUGACCUUUGUAAGUUCGUCCACCCAGAUGCCCUUCCUCCAGAUGACUGAUUCUACCACUAGGUGGCGCUAGUGGCUGUCUGUGCCGUCCUCUUUGAUUGAGGUGUCACUAUAGGAAAUAAUAGGAAGUAUAUAUAUAUUACCCGGACUCACACAGAACCUUUCUGUCUGCACUGGAGAACCGUAUCUACCAUUCAGGAACAUUCCCUGUACAUUUAUAGUGAUAGUUUCAGCCAGGGUGUUGCCGAUGGCGGUCUUUCUGAAGUUUUUGUCAAAUCAUGGGUUUUGAUAUUUCUUUUUUUGUGUCAGAUAUCUUGUUUUAUUAUGAAGGUUUCUUCUGAAUGAGCAAUUUGCCUUUUUUGUGCAGAUAAGUAAAAGAAUAUUGGUUUGCUAUGUGAUCUCUAGGCAGUAAUAACUUUUAGAAGGAUUGAAAUAGAGGUUUUCCCAAUUGUCAGAUGUGUUCAGGGAACAGCUCUUAUUGUUCUGACGCCCCGUUCACAUGCCCAACAUUUACUCACAUCAGUAAUUUUACACAUGUGUAAUAUGUGAAUAUGUAAAUUUAUUAUGCGUUCACAUGAAAAGCAUCUUAGGUGUGUAAAUAAAGUAUGUAAAUUGUGUAAGGCACACAUAGUCAUCAGUCUGUUCACGACUUUCAACACAAAACAGGUUGUUUUCCAAUGAGAAGAGAGUUACUUCACCAAAAAUUUUCGCAAGAAGCAACGUGUAUGAUUUAAUUUAUACACAAAAUUCUUUAAGGAUUGACUGUGUAUUUUUUUCGGUUCAUUGAGGUAUGAAUCGAAAAACCAAUGUGCAAACUGUAUGAAUCCGCGUAGCGGAUUCUUACAAAAGUUUGCACAUUGGUUUUUCGAUUGGGAAAUGAAUGCAAUAACACGUGACCAAUUCAGCUAAUCAGAAUACAGGAAUUUCAAUGAACACAACGUAAAUUUAAUUAUGACUCCUUGAAACCAGAAGAAAACACCGUCCACUCAAAUCUGUAUUUACACAUAAAAGUUAGCAACUGUUGGCAAUUUGUUUGGUGUUUGCAAAAGAACAGAUAUCAAUUAGAUCAUCCUCUUACAUUAACAUAAACAUUCACAUUGCAACAUACACACACAGUGCAAAUUUACAUUUAUAUUUGCACCUGCUCCAGACAUGAUGCAAAUUUGCUCCUGGUGUAAAUAUACACACAUUAGUAAAAGCGUUCACAUGACAAGUAUACUCACGUAUGUAUUUCCACACACGUAUGCACAUAUACACACAUGUAUAGCGGCGCGUGUGAACGGGGUAAUAGUAUGCACAUAUACACACAUGUAUAGCGGCGCGUGUGAACGGGGUAAUAGUAUGCACAUAUACACACAUGUAUAGCGGCGCGUGUGAACGGGGUAAUAGUAUGCACAUAUACACACAUGUAUCGCGGCGCGUGUGAACGGGGUAAUAGUAUGCACAUAUACACACAUGUAUCGCGGCGCGUGUGAAUGGGGUAAUAGUAUGCACAUAUACACACAUGUAUCGCGGCGCAUGUGAACGGGGUAAUAGUAUGCACAUAUACACACAUGUAUAGCGGCGCGUGUGAACGGGGUAAUAGUAUGCACAUAUACACACAUGUAUCGCGGCGCGUGUGAACGGGGUAAUAGUAUGCACAUAUACACACAUGUAUCGCGGCGCGUGUGAACGGGGUAAUAGUAUGCACAUAUACACACAUGUAUCGCGGCGCAUGUGAACGGGGUAAUAGUAUGCACAUAUACACACAUGUAUAGCGGCGCGUGUGAACGGGGUAAUAGUAUGCACAUAUACACACAUGUAUCGCGGCGCGUGUGAACGGGGUAAUAGUAUGCACAUAUACACACAUGUAUCGCGGCGCGUGUGAACGGGGUAAUAGUAUGCACAUAUACACACAUGUAUCGCGGCGCAUGUGAACGGGGUAAUAGUAUGCACAUAUACACACAUGUAUAGCGGCGCGUGUGAACGGGGUAAUAGUAUGCACAUAUACACACAUGUAUCGCGGCGCGUGUGAACGGGGUAAUAGUAUGCACAUAUACACACAUGUAUCGCGGCGCGUGUGAACGGGGUAAUAGUAUGCACAUAUACACACAUGUAUAGCGGCGCGUGUGAACGGGGUAAUAGUAUGAACAAGCCUGUGAACCAAGGUGAGUUUGUGCCAUAUGUACCGGUAUGUACUGUUUCUAUGUACAUCUCAUCUGAAAAUCAGCGUUGUUCAAAGACUAGCUGAUCCAGUAUUAGAAAAGAAUUUCCGGAAAACCUCUAAAUUCCCUCCUUUAGACACAUUCUAUGUUUGGUUAAGUAUUGAGUGUUCCAAACAUGCGACUAUUGAAGUGAAUAAAGUCUGUUUCACAUUUAUGUGAACUAUCUUAUAACUUUCAGAACAAUAUCUAAAGGUUUUACUCAGUUGUCUGAGAAAACCAAUGCUGCUGGCCAAACAGGGCCCUCCUCCUGUCUCGUGUCUCGGUCCAGGUACAAGAUGUAGCUUGUCCCUGUGAUUCAAUACUGAAGCCAACAGUAAGCUUCUUUCACUGGAUAGAAUUUGGCUCUGAUGACUUUAUAUUACAUUGUUUACUUUCAUAUAUAUGCAAUAUGUUGUACAGGUGGUUUUGAAUAGCUAGCUUGGUACACAAAGUAUGUCUAGUGUGUCUAGAGACAACCAGUCGCCCCUACUGGACAAAUUCAUACCUUUAUGGAAAACAAUACUUUCAAGAACAAUUAAGAAAUUGAAAUGUCUUUUUUUUCGUUUGACCAUCCAGGGUUUUCUCCACAGAAAUCUGGAAUCCAAGAAAUACAAACAUCUGGCCUUAGUUGAAAUGCCUACACAUGGUUAUAGAUUUGGGAUAAUUUGGCACAAAGUUAACAAGAAAAUGUUGACACAUGAAAGUGGAGGGUUCAGAGAAUGCUGUUGUCGUGCUGUCCACCUGCUGCUUCACCUACACACAGACACGGGGACAUCGAGUUUACUGUAGAGUUCCUGACAUGAUAUUCCUUACUUUUCACUCAUUGUUUGAGGACUGUUAGUCAAGAUUCAAGAUGUUUGUUGGCCCUGUGGCCCGUUUAUACAUAAUAAAUAAGUAAUAAGUUACAUUAUAUACAGAAAGUGUCGGCAUCACUUGAAGUGCAUAUUUGUCUACAAACAUUUUGUACUCCAAAUGACUGCUAUUACCAUGGUAACCAAUCCAUAUACACAUGAUCAUAUGUAUCGGAUUGUUCAUGUAGCUGCUGACUCCCAUGUUAGACUCCACUCACUCACUCCAGCAUCCCAGUACACCUACAUAUAAUGAGUACACCUGCAUGUAUCAAGUACACCUAUAUGUAUCGAGUACACCUACAUGUAGCAAGUACACCUACAUGUAACGAGUACACCUGCAUGUAUCAAGUACACCUAUAUGUAUCGAGUACAACAAAAUGUAGCGAGUACACCUACAUGUAGCAAGGACACCUACAUGUAACGAGUACAUCUAUAUGUAGCGAGUACACCUACAUGCAGCAAGUACACCUACAUGUAGCGAGUACACCUACAUGUAGCAAGGACACCUACAUUUGCGAGGACACCUACAUGGAAAGAGUACACCUACAUGUAACGAGUACACCUACAUGUAAUGAGUACACCUUUAUGUAUCGAGUACAGCUACAUGUAACGAGGACACCUACAUGUAGCAAGUACACCUACAUGAAGCAUGUACACCUACAUGUAAAGAGUACACCUACAUGUAACGAGUACACCUACAUGUAAUGAGUACACCUUUAUGUAUCGAGUACAGCUACAUGUAACGAAGACACCUACAUGUAGCAAGUACACCUACAUGAAGCGAGUACACCUACAUGUAACGAGUACACCUACAUGUAAUGAGUACACCUUUAUGUAUCGAGUACAGCUACAUGUAACGAGGACACCUACAUGUAGCAAGUACACCUACAUGAAGCAUGUACACCUACAUGUAAAGAGUACACCUUCAUGUAUCCAGUACACCUGCAUGGAGUGAGUACACCUACAUGGAAUGAGUACACCUACAUAUAGCAUGUACACCUACAUGUAAAGAGUACACCUACAUGUAACCAGUACACCUAUAUGUAGUGAGUACACCUACAUGUAGCAUGUACACCUACAUUUAAGGAUUACACCUACAUGUAACGAGUACACCUACAUGUAAUGAGUACGGCCACAUGUAAUGAGUACACCUUUAUGUAACGAGUACACUUAUAUGUAGCGAGUACACAUACAUGUAACGAGUACACCUACAUGUAAUGAGUACACCUACAUGUAGCGAGUACACCUACAUGUAGUGAGUACACCUUUAUGUUGCAAGUACACCUACAUGUAACGAGUACACCUACAUGUUAUGAGUACACCUACAUGUAACGAGUACACUUAUAUGUAGCGAGUACACAUACAUGUAACGAGUACACCUACAUGUAAUGAGUAAACCUACAUGUAGCGAGUACACCUACAUGUAGUGAGUACACCUUUCUGUUGCAAGUACACCUACAUGUAUUGAGUACACCUACAUGUAAUGAGUAUACCUUUAUGUAAUGAGUACACUUAUAUGUAGUGAGUACAUCUUUAUGUUGCAAGUACACCUACAUAAGCGAGUACACCUACAUGAAGCGAGUACACCUACAUGUAAUGAGUACACCUUUAUGUAACAAGUACACUGAUAUGUAGCGAGUACACCUACAUGUAACGAGUACACUGAUAUGUAGCAAGUACACCUACAUGUAACGAGUACAUCUACAUGUAAUGAGUACACCUUUAUGUCACGAGUACACUUAAAUGUAGCGAGUACACCUGCAUGUAGCAGAGAUAACCAAUCUGGAACCAGCCCAGCAGGUCUUAUGUUGUGACAUGAAAGGAGAUACAGAUUGCUACAUGCUUUGAGGAUCUAAGCUUGUCUUAUUCUCCACGUUAGAUGUAUUCCACAGGUGAAGGUUGUACGUUAUGGUCACAUUGGACAGGCAUUCAUUGUACAAGGUUCACCAUGUUUAUUAUUUGUUGAAUUUUUAUGUUUUUAAUUGUUUGGGCAGCUCUUUGAUCAAAAUGUUCUUGGAAACAGUUAUCUGGUAUAUCAUGUUGAUCUCAGUUGUUGUGGCGUGGAAGAGAGAGGAUCUGAUGGUCUGUCACCUGGUGUAAGCCGCCGUCUGUCAUCUACUGCUCCGGCCCACAGAGGCCAUUGUGCCACAGUGUUUUGUGUCAUUGUUCUGUGGCGCAAUGUUCUGUGACACAAUGUUCUGUGACAUUACCAUCGUUCUGUGGCACAAUGUUCUGUGAAAUUACCAUUGUUCUGUGACACAAUGCUCUGUGACAUUACCACUGUCCUCUGACAUUACCAUUGUUCUGUGGCACAAUGUUCUGUGACAUUACCAUUGUUCUGUGGUGCAAUGUUCUGUGACAUUACCAUUGUUUUGUGACAUUACCAUUGUUCUGUGGCACAAUGUUCUGUGACAUUACCAUUGUUCUGUGGCACAAUGUUCUAUGACAUUACCAUUGUUCUGUGACAAAAUGCUCUGUGACAUUACCAUUGUUCUGAGACAUUACCAUUGUUCCGUGACAUUACCAUUGUUCUUUGGCACAAUGUUCUGUGACAUUAGCAUUGUUCUGUGACAUUAGCAUUGUUCUAUGCCAUUACCAUUGUUCUGUGGCACAAUGUUCUGUUACAUUAGCAUUGUUCUGUGACAUUAGCAUUGUUCUAUGCCAUUACCAUUGUUCUGUGGCACAAUGUUCUGUGACAUUAGCAUUGUUCUGUGACAUUACCAUUGUUUUAUGACAUUACCAUUGUUCUGUGGCACAAUGUUCUGUGACAUUACCAUUGUUCUAUGACAUUACCAUUGUUCUGUGGCACAAUGCUCUGUGACAUUACCAUUGUUCUAUGACAUUACCAUUGUUCUGUGGCACAAUGCUCUGUGACAUUACCAUUGUUCUGUGACAUUACCAUUGUUCUGUGGCACAAUGCUCUGUGACAUUACCAUUGUUCUGUGACAUUACCAUUGUUCUGUGACACAAUGCUCUGUGACAUUACCAUUGUUCUGUGACACAAUGUUCUAUGACAUUACCAUUGUUCUGUGGCACAAUGCUCUGUGACAUUACCACUGUCCUCUGACAUUACCAUUGUUCUGUGGCACAAUGUUCUGUGACAUUACCAUUGUUCUGUGAUACAAUGUUCUGUGACAUUACAAUUGUUUUGUGACAUUACCAUUGUUCUGUGGCACAAUGUUCUGUGACAUUACCAUUGUUUUGUGACAUUACCAUUGUUCUGUGGCACAAUGUUCUGUGACAUUACCAAUGUUCUGUGACAUUACCAUUGUUCUGUGAUACAAUGCUCUGUGACAUUACCAUUGUUCUGAGACAUUACCAUUGUUCUGUGACAUUACCAUCUGUGACAUUACCAUUGUUCUGUGAUACGAUGCUCUGUGACAUUACUAUUGUUUGGAGACUUUAGGGCAGUGCAUUUCUCUUUUGUUCCAUGUUCUGUGACUGUCAUUGUUCUGAAUACUGUGCCAUUGUACUGUGGUGGUAGUGUGCCAUUGCCAUUGUGACAUGUUUUGUGACAUCUAGUCAUUGCUCUGUGACAUCUUGACAUUGCUCUGUGACAAUUCACAUUGUCUGACAUCGUUGCUUCUAAUCAGAUAAUUGUUUGGGAAAGGGUUGGGAUUUUAUGUGUGCUUCAGUUACUUCUGUAAGCACUAGUGUCUCAUUGUAUUCAUCUGAUUGUGUCUCAUACAACUGACUGCACGGGUAGUGCAUGCAUUUGGUAUAUUUCAUGACUUGGUUUGAUAGGACAGACUAUAAACUACUCAGGCUUUGGUGGGGACCUAUCUGACAUUCCUGUGUCUUUCAUUGAAAUAAUAUCCCUACCAUUGACAUACAAUAGUCCUCCUAUUUACAAUAAACCAUGACCAUGGCGAUAUCUAAACAGACCUUUGUUAUGAUUUUUAACAUUUUCUUUCCUUAUUCUUUUGGUGGGUUAAUUAUUUUAUAAUUUAUUUUAUUUAUUCAUUUCAUCAUUUUUUAUGAACAUGAUCAUGUUAAUAUUGUAUCUUCUGUGUUUCUCUUUCUCAUCAAUGCAGUAUGACUAUUGUGUAUUUGUUGAUUGUAAUGCACCUGAUCCUGUGUUUAUUGGCCAGAUGCUCACCUUCUUGGGCAGAGAAGGUGAGGAAGUAGCCGGAAAAGGUAGUGUAUCUAUCUUCCUGCUCCUGGAGAAAUGGAACAUUGUUUUAGCCGGAAAAGGCAGUGUAUCUAUCUUCCUGCUGCUGGAGAAAUGGAACAUUGUUUUAGCCGGAAAAGGCAGUGUAUCUAUCUUCCUGCUCCUGGAGAAAUGGAACAUUGUUUUAGCCGGAAAAGGCAGUGUAUCUAUCUUCCUGCUCCUGGAGAAAUGGAACAUUGUUUUAGCCGGAAAAGGUAGUGUAUCUAUCUUCCUGCUCCUGGAGAAAUGGAACAUUGUUUUAGCCGGAAAAGGUAGUGUAUCUAUCUUCCUGCUGCUGGAGAAAUGGAACAUUGUUUUAGCCGGAAAAGGUAGUGUAUCUAUUUUCCUGCUCCUGGAGAAAUGGAACAUUGUUUUAGCCGGAAAAGGUAGUGUAUCUAUCUUCCUGCUCCUGGAGAAAUGGAACAUUGUUUUAGCCGGAAAAGGUAGUGUAUCUAUCUUCCUGCUGCUGGAGAAAUGGAACAUUGUUUUAGCCGGAAAAGGUAGUGUAUCUAUUUUCCUGCUCCUGGAGAAAUGGAACAUUGUUUUAGCCGGAAAAGGUAGUGUAUCUAUCUUCCUGCUCCUGGAGAAAUGGAACAUUGUUUUAGCCGGAAAAGGUAGUGUAUCUAUUUUCCUGCUCCUGGAGAAAUGGAACAUUGUUUUAGCCGGAAAAGGUAGUGUAUCUAUCUUCCUGCUCCUGGAGAAAUGGAACAUUGUUUUAGCCGGAAAAGGUAGUGUAUCUAUCUUCCUGCUCCUGGAGAAAUGGAACAUUGUUUUAGCUUAGUUUUGUGUUUUUCAUAAAAGUGGCCUGAUAGGCGGUGUUUCUGGAUAAGUCAGUGGUGCAGUAACAACUACCCCACGUAGUGUUGUACUGCUACAAGCUGGUCCAGAUUGAGUCAGGCAUGCCCAGCCAACAAACAACAAACUCAAGUGUUAAUCAGCAACCUCAGCAGCAACCGCUGUCAUCAGCAGCAACCACUGUCAUCAGAAGCAACCACUGUCAUCAGAAGCAACCACUGUCAUCAGCAGCAACCAAUGGCAUCAGCAGCAACUGGUUCAUGUGUUCUUGGGCUGAUUUUAGACUCAAACUCACCAUGGGUUAAACUGUUCUUUGGACUGUUUGUUACAAAAUUUACAUCUUUAUCUUGAAUACACUUCCCUUUUUUGAUGUACACACAGUUUGCUAAUUAGGCAGUUUGAUUCAUUCUCAUUGAUUCUCUAGUAUGGCUUACAGUUAUUUCAUCAGGUUUCACAAAUAUGCAACAUCUCUCCUGGACCCCGUUGUGUUGCCAUGGUGGACCAAACACUGGACAAUUAAUGAUUAAAAAGUCAAUUUGUUAUGAAAUAGGACUGAAAUUAUAUUGACUGUUUUGUUGAAUAUAUUGAUUUUUGUGUGUGCAUUAGUCUUGGUCUAUAGUGUAUUCAUUCAUUUACUUUGCUUUUUGGCAUCAGCAUGUGACAUCAACCUGUUUGUGUGUGUGGUAAAAUUAUUUUUGUUGUUACGAAUAAAAUUUAUUUUAAAACUU